AUGAAAAAGGAGGAAGUACAGGAAGAAAAACAACAUCCAAAUGCCAAGGCAGAUGACUGCCGGCGGUCCGCCCUUGAGGAGAGCUCAGUUCCGGAAGGACGUGUCAAGGAGGGGGUGGUCAGCAUUGACUCAGGAAGGGGUCAGAAGAGGCACCGGCUGCGGCUGCAGCUACGGUGUUCUGUGAGCUCCGAGGAGACCCAGUCCUGCUUGGGGCAGCACAUCGUCGCUUCUUGUUCAGCUCAACAGGUAGAACAGGCACCGAGCAAGGGUUGUGCCAUCACCACCUUCCCCAAAGCCAGCCAGAGGGAGCCGAGCAUGGAUAAGAAGACAACUGUCAUCCGGUUCUCUAACGGUGACGUGAAGAACAUCAAACCCAAUCAGAGAGUGAUUUACUAUCACGCAAAUGCUCAGACGACGCGCACGACCUACCCUGGUGGUUUGGAAGUUGUGCAGUUCCCUAACAAGCACACAGAAAAAUUCUACCCCAAUGGCUCCAAAGAAACCGUGUUUCCUGACGUGAAACAUCUCAAAGAUGGACAGGAAGAGACCUUAUUUCCUGAUGGUACAAUCAUAAGGGUAGAAAGGAAUGGCGACAAAACCAUUGUGCUCAGCAAUGGGCAGAAAGAAAUCCACACAGCCCAGUUCAAGAGGAGGGAGUACCCAGAUGGCACCGUCAAGACUGUGUAUUGCAGCGGCUGUCAGGAAACCAAGCAUGCCUCCGGGAGGGUUAAGAUCAAAGAUGAAGCUGGAAACGUCAUCCUGGACGAGAAGCAGAUGAGCCCUCAACAGGCAGCAUCACAUGGGAAAUGUCAGUUGCAGUUUUUUGCUAAAACAGACAAAAACUAA